AUGAGGAUCGCCAUCCGCGAGCAGCUCGCCGUCCUCGUCCUCUUCGCCGUCCUCGUCGCCCUUGCCGUUGUCUCCAUCCCGACCUGGAUCUAUGUCAACCGAUUCGUCAUCAAUGUCGAGCGCGAUGGCUUGAUGCUCACGGCCUCCCUCAAGGCCUCACGCAUCUCCGCCGAGCUCGACCUCGUUCAGACCAGUUGCUACACCAUCACCUCACGCAUCCUCCUCCAGGAUGCCCUCACAAACUAUUACGACACCGGCCAGGGCAACUGGGCGGAUGCCACCGAGGACAUUGAGAGCGCUCUGGCCGUAAGCGCCGACACAGGCCUGAUGCAGGUCAGGCUCUAUUCGAGGAACAAGACUGGCGCAUCUGAUGGCGGCUUCUUCAAUGUUACCGCCAGCAGCGUUCCUGACAUUAUCCUACCUUACACGAACUCAUCUGGCGAACCAGUCCGACUUGGCGACGAUGGCAUGGGCUACCCUCCAUCACUCUAUCCCAACAUUACCUACAUCGAUCUCGGACACGCGAACCCCAUCCGGGUGAACACCACUGCCUUCGCCGCUGAGGCAUUCCCGGGUGUCCGCAUUUAUCGCGACGGCGGUCUCCUGCUCGGGCCCCUCGUUUUGAACGCGACGACUGCACUCCUGUCCAUCACCGUGCCGGUUAGAGACAACAAAGACAGGUUUAUCCUGGGCUACAUGACCGUUGUCGCCCUGUCCUCGCUCACCCAAAUCCAGGAAUCCCGCGAAGGAUUGGGAAAAUCCGGUUCCGUCCUCGUUAUUGGUCCUGACGAACCCUAUAAUCGGUUCAACUCGACCAACCCGGCCAGCAACGCCACCUACACCCCAGACCGAGAAACCUUUGCCAACGUUUUGGUCAAGUUCCUCCUUCCCCCGGAAACACCCUCCUCCCACGAAGAUCGCCACAAGGAGUACCAGUUCUCGAGCCAGCGUGACAACAAGGCCUUCCCUGUUAAGAAGUAUCCUGCGGCCUUGGACUCUUUUACUAAUCAUUACAAUGCCGUGAAUAACGCUAGCUCUCUGCUCAACACGCGCAAUGAAGAGAACGUCCGCGUAGCUGUUGGCUUCGCCCGCACCCAAACACCCCUCGUUAACUGGACAGUCCUUGUCGAGAAGGCCAGGCGGGAGGCCUACGAACCCAUCGACACCCUCCGAAAUAUACUCCUUGGUACCGUGUUUGGGACCGUCGGCUUCAUCAUGUUGUUGAUUGUUCCUUGCGCUCAUCUUAGCGUCAUGCCAAUUAGCAAACUCAAGGCUGCCACCGAGAAGACAGUUAACCCGCCCGGAUACGAGGAGUCUUUUAUUGACUCUGACCUCGAGGAGCUGCCAAGUUCUGGAGGCAUUUCCCAAAAAUCCAAAAGGGGUGUCAUUGGCACCAUGGUUCGGUGGGCCAAGGGGAAACCCAAGAAGCCAGCAUCAGGUUACGACGCUGCCCGCCGCAUGUUCAAGAUUCCCGGAAAAGUCGACGACCGAAAGCACUACAUUACCGAUGAAUUGACCGAGCUUACGGGAACAUUCAACGACAUGAGCGACGAGUUGGUAAAACAGUACAUGUCGUUGGAGGUAAAGGUGGCGGAGCGAACGAGGGAGUUGGAGGAGAGCAAGAAAGCUGCCGAAGCUGCAAACGAGAGCAAAACUCUUUUCAUUGCAAACAUCUCACACGAGCUGAAGACACCACUCAACGGUAUCCUUGGCAUGUGUGCCGUGUGUAUGGAAGACACUGAUAUGACGAGGAUCAAGCAAUCUUUGAAGACGCUGUACAAGUCAGGAGACUUGCUGCUGCAUCUUUUGGAGGAUCUGUUGAGCUUCUCUAAAAAUCAGAUUGGCAACCAACUCAGUCUCGAACUAAAAGAGUUCCGACUAGCUGACAUUCGGUCUCAGAUUCUGACCAUCUUUGACAAGCAGGUGCGAGAAGGAAAGAUUAACUUCUCGGUCCAGUUUAUGAGCUCAGACAGCGUCGAACUUGCCACGAGUCCAGACCGGUCCGGAGUUGAGACGAGGCUUCCAGCCUUAGGUCCGCACGGAACAGGUCGUCUCAAGGAUAUGUGCCUCUGGGGCGACCAGCACCGCAUCCUGCAAGUCAUCAUCAACCUUGUCAGCAACAGCCUGAAGUUCACGCCCCCGAACGGAAGGGUCGAGGUUCGCAUCAAGUGUUUGGGCGAGAUGGAGACGCCGAAUGAGGACGAGAGCCGCACAUCCUCUCUAUCAAAGAAUUCCCGGAACAACUCUCGUACAGGCCGCACCCGCAAUCGAGACCGUGGAGGAGCCAGCCCAACACACUCGAGCAGCUCGGGACCUGUUGGAAAUGGCACCCGCUUCAACGGCACUGGCACCGCCCUCUCCAUCAACCCGAUGGAUCCCAAAGCAGCAGCACACAUCCGUAUCCGCGAGAGGUCACCCACUCCGCCGCCACCAGGAGCCAAGUCGUACAUCUUUGAGUUCGAAGUCGAGGACACUGGCCCCGGUAUCGCAGAACACAUGCAGCAGAAGGUGUUCGAGCCGUUUGUCCAAGGAGAUUUGGGCCUCAGCAAGAAGUUUGGUGGAACCGGGCUGGGAUUGAGCAUCUGCCAUCAACUCGCCGGUCUGAUGGGAGGCUCAAUAGGGCUGACGAGUACCCCUGGAGUUGGCACGAAAUUCACGAUGCAAAUCCCCCUCAAAUAUGUCAAGGACCGGGCAUCCAGCACUGCCUCUAGCAGUAUAAAAUCUCGACCCGUCAGUGUAGAUAACACAGACGCCGACUCACAUCGCAACUCCGGCACCCCCAAAGCUGCUGCGGAUACCAAAACUGUCAAUGCCCUCAACCCGCAACCUAGGCUGGUCGGCUUGAGCUUACCGUUUUUCGCUGCGGAUCCUCCUGUGCCCAGGAGCGCGGACCAGAAGAUGGCGGCAAUCGACCGGGCCAUGGCGAAUAAGACUAGCCAGGGCAAGCUUCGCGUCCUCGUUGCCGACGACAAUUCGACCAACAUCGAGGUUGUAAGUAGGAUGCUAAAGCUCGAGGCUAUAUACGACGUCACGAUCGCCAAGGAUGGCCAAGAGGCAUACGACCUUGUCAAGGCGACCAUGGAGAAGAACCAGUCCUUCGAUGUCAUAUUCAUGGACGUCCAGAUGCCCAACCUCGACGGUCUCCAAAGUACCCGCCUAAUCCGCGAGAUGGGCUACACAUCGCCCAUUGUCGCCCUCACAGCAUUCUCUGAGGAGAGCAAUGUCAAGGAGUGCAUCGACUCUGGCAUGGACGAGUUCCUCUCCAAGCCCAUCCGACGACCCGCUCUCAAACAGGUACUUAAGAAGUUUGCUACCAUUCCAGAGGAGCCUGAGACUGUUGGUACCGUGGCCAAAAAGAAGAAGUUGGAUGAACCUAUCAAAAUGGUGAAUCAUGUCGAGUCUGAAAAGCCUGCCAGGGAGAUGAAUGGCGAUGCCCAUCCGCCUCGAAAUCCAGCGCACAAAGAGGGUUCCAACGGCGCUCCUAAGGAGGGUUAA